AUGGAAUGUGGAAAAAGCUUCAGGAGGAACUCAGAUCUUACUUCCCAUCAAAGAAUUCAUACAGGAGAUAAACCCUUUAAGUGCUUGGAAUGUGGAAAGAGCUUUACUUGGAAAGAAACUCUCACUUCCCAUCAAAGAGUUCAUGCAAGGGAGAAACCCUUUAAGUGCUUGGAAUGUGGAAAGAGCUUCACCUGGAAAACAAGUUUUACUUCCCAUCAAAGAAUUCAUACAGGGGAAAACCCCUAUCAGUGCCAGGAAUGUGGAAAGAGCUUCACCAGGAAAGAAAGUCUCACUUCCCAUCAAAGAGUUCAUGCAAGGGAGAAACCCUUUAAGUGCUUGGAAUGUGGAAAGAGCUUCAACUGGAAACUGAGUUUAGCUUCCCAUAAAAUAAUCCAUACAGGGGAAAAACCAUAUCAGUGUGUGGAAUGUGGAAAGAGCUUCAGUCAGAGGACCAAUCUCACUGCCCAUCAAAGAAUUCAUACAGGGGCGAAACCGUAUCAGUGCUUGGAAUGUGGAAAGAGCUUUACCUGGAAAAUAAGUUUUACUUCCCAUCAAAGAAUUCAUACAGGGGAAAACCCCUAUCAGUGCCUGGAAUGUGGAAAGAGCUUCACCAGGAAAGAAAGUCUCACAGCCCAUCAAAAAAGCCAUACAGGGGAGAAACCAUAUCAGUGCAUGGAAUGUGGAAAGCGCUUCAGUCAAAGCAACAAUCUCACUUCCCAUCAGAGAAUUCACACAGGAAAUCCCCUUGAGAAGAAACCCUAUCAAUGCUUGGAGUGUGGAAAGAGCUUCACCUGGAAAAAGAGUUUCGCUUCCCAUCAAAGAAUUCAUACAGGAGAGAAACCAUAUUGUUGUUUGGAAUGUGGAAAGAGCUUCAGUCGAAAGGACAGUCUCACUUCCCACAAAUCACAUCAUACAGGAGAGAAACCUUAUCAGUGCUUGGAGUGUGGAAAGAGCUUCAUCUGGAAACAGACUUUAGCUUCCCAUCAAAGAAUUCAUACAGGGGAGAAACCACAUUGUUGUUGGGAAUGUGGAAAGAGCUUCAGUCAGAGGACUAAUCUCACUUCCCAUCAAAGAGUUCAUACAGGGGCGAAACCCUAUCAGUGCUUGGAGUGUGGAAAGAGCUUCACCUGGAAAGAAAAUCUCACUUCUCAUCAAAGAAUUCAUACAGGGGAGAAACCCUAUCUGUGCUUGGAAUGUGGAAAGAGCUUCACUAGGAAAGAAAAUCUCACUUCCCAUCAAAGAAUUCAUACAGGGGAGAAACCCUAUCAGUGUUUGGAAUGUGGAAAGGGCUUCAGUCGAAAGGAUAGUUUCACUUAUCAUCAAAGAAUUCAUACAGGGGAGAAACCAUUUCAGUGCUUGGAAUGUGGAAAGAGCUUCACCUGGAAAGAAGGUCUCACUGCCCAUCAAAGAAUUCAUACAGGGGAGAAACCCUAUCAGUGCCAAGAGUGUGGAAAAAGCUUCAUUCAGAAAGAAAAUCUCACUUCCCAUCAAAAAAUUCAUACAGGGGAGAAACCCUAUCAGUGCUUGGAAUGUGGAAAGAGCUUCACCAGGAACUUAUAUCUCACUUCCCAUCAAAGAAUUCAUACAGGGGAGAAACCCUAUCAGUGCUUGGAAUGUGGAAAGAGCUUCACCUGGAAAAUAAGUUUCACUUCCCAUCAAAGAAUUCAUACAGAGGAGAAACCAUAUCAGUGCAUGGAAUGUGGAAAAAGCUUCAGGAGGAACUCAGAUUUUACUUCCCAUCAAAGAAUUCAUACAGGAGAUAAACCCUUUAAGUGCUUGGAAUGUGGAAAGAGCUUUACUUGGAAAGAAAGUCUCACUUCCCAUCAAAGAGUUCAUGCAAGGGAGAAACCCUUUAAGUGCUUGGAAUGUGGAAAGAGCUUCACCUGGAAAAUAAGUUUCACUUCCCAUCAAAGAAUUCAUACAGGGGAAAACCCCUAUCAGUGCCUGGAAUGUGGAAAGAGCUUCACCAGGAAAGAAAGUCUCACAGCUCAUCAAAAAAUCCAUACAGGGGAGAAACCAUAUCAGUGCGUGGAAUGUGGAAAGAGCUUCAACUGGAAACUGAGUUUAGCUUCCCAUAAAACAAUCCAUACAGGGGAAAAACCGUAUCAGUGUGUGGAAUGUGGAAAGAGAUUCAUUAACAGCGCCAAUCUCACUUCGCAUCAAAGAAUUCAUACAGGGGAGAAACCCUAUCAAUGCUUGGAAUGUGGAAAGAGCUUCACCUGGAAAAUAAGUUUCACUUCCCAUCAAAGAAUUCAUACAGGGGAAAACCCCUAUCAGUGCCUGGAAUGUGGAAAGAGCUUCACCAGGAAAGAAAGUCUCACAGCCCAUCAAAAAAUCCAUACAGGGGAGAAACCAUAUCAGUGCGUGGAAUGUGGAAAGCGCUUCAGUCAAAGCAACAAUCUCACUUCCCAUCAGAGAAUUCACACAGGGUAG